AUGCUACUCGCACGACGAGGCAUCACCGUACCUUCUUUCCGCGCACGCAUCUUCACAGCACCCUUCGCUGCUCCCUCCAACCAUCAUCCCCGCCUGCUCACCAUGUCGUCCACCGCCGCCCCUUUCACCCGCCUGGUCCGCUUCCACCCAUCCUCUGACCCUUCUGCCAUCAAGAUCGGCACCCCCGUCGACCCCAACAUUGACAUUGGCCUGGACACCUUCCCCUUUUCCUCCUCCACUCCACCUCUCGUCGACGUCUACUCCGGCACCUCCAUCCUCUCACCUGGUACAUCCACCGGGGAACGCCUUCAACUUGGCACCAUCCUCUCCCCGCUCUGCCCCUCCGAAGUCGGUACCAUUCGCUGCAUCGGUCUCAACUACACCGAACAUGCCCACGAAGCAAAUCUACCCAUCCCUACCGUACCAACCCUGUUCAUGAAACCUUCCACAUCCCUCGCUGGUCCUUAUCCACAACCAACCGUCAUUCCCAAGAGCUUCGUCGCUGACGACGCUGCUGACUACGAAGCCGAACUCGCCGUCGUCAUCGGAAAACCUUGCAAGGAUGUAGACGAACAGCAUGCGAUGGAUUACGUUCUUGGCAUUACAGCCGCGAACGACGUCUCUUCCCGCAAAGCCCAAUUCGCCCAGUCCCAAUGGUCCUACUCCAAAGGCUUCGACUCCGCCUGUCCCAUAGGUCCAACCAUCGUCCACAUCUCCACCAUCCCAAACCUGCGCGACGUUCAGAUCGAGGCAAAGCUAAACGAUCAAGUGGUUCAAAAUUCCUCCCUCAACGAUCUCAUCUUUAGCAUCCCCAAAAUCAUCUCCUUCCUCAGUCAAGGUACUACCUUGACCCCUGGAACAAUCAUCUUGACCGGUACUCCAGCAGGUAUCGGUUGGACAGCAAACCCAAGACGCACACUUCAACAUGGCGACACCUUCUCCGUCACCAUCUCACACGGUGUGGGUACGCUCAUCAACCAGAUUCAGUACGAGAGCUAG